AUGGAGGUGAUGGAUCUAGACCAUGAUUGCUUUCUUGUCAAGCUUGAUAAUGAACAGGAUUAUUUCAAGGCCCUCACUGAUGGACCAUGGACCAUAUUCGAUCACUACAUUCUGGUUCAGCAGUGGAGUCCUCGUUUCAAGACUUCUGAUCCCUUACCAAAGAAGAUGAUCGUAUGGGUGCAGCUUCCGGCCUGA